CGCUAGCACUUCAACGGUAGGUGGCGGUCGUUUUCCGGUUGGGUGCAAUUUGCCAUUACAACAGAAUAAGAAGAAGUUGUACGCGGGUGUUGAUGACGUAGGGAGAGGGAAAUCCAAAACAGCUAACGACGUGAAGUUGAAAAGGGACGUUAAACUGAAGAGCCGCAGUAAAGUGAACGACAGUUAAAACGAGAGAAACGUAAGUGAUUGUUUUUUUGAAUCCUGAGUAAACAACAACUUAUUUUGAUCACCGUGUGGUUACCGGACUCACAAAGACAUACAAAAAGUUUCCCUAGCCACAUAAUUUAGCAGGCUAGAACGUUAGCUUGAAGCUUUUAACACGAAAGCUAGCGUCAAAGUUGCUAGCGUUAGAUUUUAACUUAAAUGAAAGCAAAAAGACUGCACACCCAGAGUUAGCCUAAUGAAACUGCGAGUGAUUGUUGUAUGUCUGGUCAAAGUGAGUAUAUAUCUAUUCUCCGCUGAGCAGAAUGCAGAGGGCAUCCCGUUUGAAGCGUGAACUUCAGAUGCUGAACAUCGAGCCACCUCCCGGGAUAACAUGCUGGCAGACCGAGGAGCGGAUAGACGACCUGCGGGCACAGAUAGUGGGCGGAACAGAGACUCCAUAUGAGGGUGGACUCUUCUCCUUAGAGAUCAAGGUUCCAGAGAGGUACCCAUUUGAGCCUCCCAAAAUACGAUUCCUGACCCCUAUCUACCACCCAAACAUUGACAAUUCAGGACGUAUCUGCCAUGAUGCUCUCAAACUCCCACCAAAGGGUGCCUGGAAGCCAUCCCUGAACAUCUCCACAGUCCUCACCUCCAUUCAGCUGCUCAUGGCUGAGCCCAAUCCAGACGACCCACUCAUGGCUGAUAUUUCGUCAGAGUUCAAAUACAACAAACAGCUGUUCAUGGAGAAAGCCAGGAAGUGGACACAAGAACAUGCUGUUCAGAAGAAUACGGGUGUCGUGCAGGGCAACAAAGAAAAUACUCCAGAUCAGAAAGAUUUGUCCCGGAAAAGAGAGGCCUUUGGUGCACAGCAGGAUGCAGAGGAGCCAGCAAAGAGAACCUGCACAUAGUCUCUAUCUCCUUUUAGAGCCACAUGUCUCUCUUCUCCAGAGCCAACUUGCCUUAUACACCUGCCUACAAGUAAAAAGAAUGAUUUUAAGUUUCAAUUUUGUGCCAAUACCUACUUCCAUUUACUAUGGAUGGAAUCCUCUUUUUAAUUCAAAACUAUCUAUGUAUUUAUAGUGUAUGUAUGCAUUUUAUGUUUGUGUUUUGAUAUUAAAGUUUAUUUUGAGCAUUAAUUGACCAUUCAACUUUUUAAAUCUAUUGCAAACAAUUCCUUGACUUCUUUUGUGGUGUAGAAAUAUUUCUCUUUAGUAGCAUGAGAAGAGUGGUUGAUACAGUAUGAAGAUAAUUUUAUUCAGACAUAUGCUUACCAGUUGUAU